AUGAAAGUCCCAAGUUCUUUUACUCAUUUCAGAAAGUCUGUUCUGCGCGGUUGGUUCUUAACCAAUGAUCCGGAAAGCAUGGGAGUUUUAUCAAGGAAGAGAAAAGAUCAAAGAGAUAUUACUAGUUUCUUUUCAAAAAGAAAUAACACAUACUCUGGAAAUCCCUCUACGCCAAAUUCCAAUCGAUCUCAAGCAAUUCUUUCUCCAUCAAUUAAUGAUCCAUCAACUCAAGAAACUAUUAAUGAUCCACAAAAUCAUGAGACUCAAGCCCCGAACAAACAACAAAGAUUGACUAAAGUAGAUGCUACUAAUCUUCCUCAAGAUCUAGGGAAAAGAAAAAGAAUUGUUGAUUUCCAUCUAGAUGACCAAGAUAACGUUCGGAGGGUUUAUGUCGCAAGAAAACUUUGUCAGCCCGAAAAUCAUGAGUUCCCUUUCAGACCUUUUGGGCAAAAAAAUCGUCGAUUUAACAAAAAAUGGUUUGAGACGUAUAAAUCAUGGCUUGAGUAUACUGUUGAAAAGGAUGCAGCUUUUUGUUCUCAUUGCUAUUUGUUCAAGGAAGCAAACGCACCUGGAGGGGAUGCAUUUAUUAUUGAGGGAUUUAGAGCUUGGAACAAAACAGAUGCAUACGAAAAACAUAUUGGAUGGCAUAUGAGUUCUCAUAAUAAGGCUGUGAGAUCUCUAGAAGAUUUUGAAAAUCAAAAGGCUAACCUUCCAUCUCUCUUUGCUGACCAAUCGGAGGAGAACAAGUGGCUUUUACUUCAUGGUUUGCCUACUCGUGGACAUAAGGAAAAUGAAACUUCUUCUAAUAGAGAAGAUGUUGCUAAAGUUGUUUUAGAUAAUGCACCCGGUAACUGCCAAAUGACAACUCCUUCAAUUCAGAAGGAUAUUAUUAAUGCUUGUGCAACCGAGAUAAAUAAAGCAAUUAUGAAUGAACUUGAUGGUGAUUUUUUUACUAUUCUUGCUGAUGAGUCUACGGAUAUAUCUGAUAAAGAACAAUUGGCUCUAUGUCUGCGAUAUAUUAAUAAAAGAGGUGAGUUUUCUAGACUUCGAGGCCAAGGUUACGACGGUGCUAGCAAUAUGCAAGGUGCAAUUAAUGGCCUUAAAAGUUUAAUUCUAAAUGAAUGUCCAUCUGCACAUUGUGUUCAUUGUUUUGCUCACCAACUUCAAUUGACACGUGUUGCUGUCGCAAAGAAAAAUGCCGAUUGUGGGUGGCUAUCCGUUGAUGUGCUUGCACUAAUACUAAAUUUUGUGGGUGGUUCACCUAAACGGAAAGAAUUUCUUCGAAAAAAACAAGCUGAACGUGUGGUAGCAGCAUUAUCGUUAGGUGAACUUGAUUCUUGA